AUGGAGCGCGGCGUGGCGGCGAACGUGUGGCGGCUCCGCGCGACCGGCGGCCACCGCGACCGCCGCCACUCGCCACCGCGGGAGGACUGCGACCGCGACAUGGUCGGGAAGAAGCGUGGAGGGCCGCGGCGGCUGGCGCUGUCCGAGGCGCGGGGGGCAUCGCUGGUGCUGCUGUACCUGCUGGCGCUGCGGGCUCUGGUGCACGUCUCGCACCGGCGGCUGCUGAGCCACCCGCCCGCCGCCGGGCCCCGAGACUUCAGUGCCCCCCGCGCCAGGGGAUAUCUUGACAACAUAACAGCAAUUGGGCCCAGACCAGCUGGAAGUCCAGAAAAUGAAGUCGUUGCAGUUAACUACCUCUUAGAACAAAUUAGGACAAUAGAAAGAGAAAGUACAGGUGCUCACAAGAUAUCUGUAAAUGUACAGAGGCCCACAGGCUCCUUCAGCAUUGACUUUUUGGGAGGCUUUACUAGUUACUAUGCAAACAUAACCAAUGUCGUAGUGAAGCUGGAACCCCGAAACGGAGCUGAGCAUGCAGUGUUAUCCAAUUGUCACUUUGAUUCUGUACCAAAUACCCCAGGUGCCAGUGAUGAUGCAGUUAGCUGCGCAGUGAUGCUUGAAAUACUUAAUACGCUUUCAAAAUCAUCAGAGCCCCUACAACAUGCUGUCAUAUUCUUAUUCAAUGGUGCAGAAGAAAAUAUUUUGCAGGCUAGUCAUGGCUUCAUUACACAACAUGAGUGGGCCAAGUCAAUUAGAGCUUUUAUUAACCUGGAGGCAGCAGGUGUAGGAGGAAGAGAACUUGUUUUUCAAACAGGACCUGAGAAUCCUUGGUUGGUGCAAGCAUAUGUAGUUGCAGCCAAACAUCCCUUUGCCUCUGUGGUAGCACAGGAAGUAUUUCAGAGUGGUAUUAUCCCAGCAGAUACAGACUUUCGUAUCUACAGGGACUUUGGCAACAUUCCAGGAAUAGAUUUGGCUUUUAUUGAAAAUGGCUACAUUUAUCAUACAGAAUAUGACACAUCAGACAGAAUUUUAACAGAUUCCAUUCAGAGAGCAGGUGACAAUAUUCUAGCUGUCCUGAAAUACCUAGCAACAUCAGAAAAGUUGGCUAAAUCCUUUGAGUAUCGACAUGGAAAUGUUGUGUUCUUUGAUGUACUUGGUUUAUUUGUCCUGGCUUAUCCGGCUCGUGUUGGCACUAUCAUGAACUAUAUUACAGCAGUUAUUGCUUUUUUUUAUCUAAGCAAGAAAGUAAUACAGCCCAAAACCAGAGCUGUACAUAACCUGAAGAAAUUCUUCACUGCAUUUGGCUUAACAUUGAUAAGUUGGAUCUGCACACUGGUGACAGUCAUUAUAGUGGCAGUGUUUGUCUCUGUCAUUGGACGGUCUCUUUCUUGGUACACCUACUUUUAUGUUUCUGUGUUUCUGUAUGGCACUUCAGCUGCGGCUAAUCUCAUUCUUGUGCAUACACUAGCCAAGAAGUUCUUCUACAAGAAUAUGAAUGAGCAGUACCUGGGAGAUCUUUUUUUUGACGCCUCUCUGAUGAUUUGGUCUAUAGCAUUGGCUGUGAUUACUCAGAUUGGCCUUUGUUCUGCGUUCAUUUGUACCUUAUGGGUAGCAUUUCCUUUACUUACAAAGCUGGUGAUCCAUAAAGAACUCAGCCAAAAAGGUGCCACAAUGAAGUUUGUCACAAUGUACAUGCUUGGAAUGUUUGUUCCCUAUGUGUACAUGAUGUAUCUAAGUUGGACAGUGUUUGAAAUGUUUACACCUAUCAUGGGACGAAGUGGUUCAGAAAUUCUACCAGAUGUAGUGCUGGCAGGAUUUAUUGUGGUCAUGACUACGAUUCUGUCAUCCUAUUUUAUUAACUUCAUUUACCUUGUCAAAAGCACAAAAACGACGCUAGUAACUUUAACUGCUGUGUUUGUAGUCACUCUGAUUCUCGUUUGUAGUGGAAUCUUCUUUCCUUACAGUUCUGAUGCAGCUAAUCCAAGGCCUAAGCGUGUCUUUCUCCAGCACAUGAGCAGAAGAUUUCAUGAUCUAGAUGGAAAUGUGGUUAAGAGUGACUCCGGUAUAUGGAUUAAUGGAUUUGAUUAUAAUGGCAUGUCUCACAUAACUCCCCAUGUACCUGAAAUCAAUGACACCAUUAGAACUCCAUGUGAGGAGCAGGCACCUUUCUGUGGCUUUCCUUGGAUUCUGCCAGUGCAUUUCAUGUUCCGGAAAAACUGGUACCUUCCUGCUCCAGAAAUUAUUCUGAGAAGCCCAAUUCACUUCAAAGUUCUGUCCAGGGAGCUGAUGCCCCAGAACUCCAUAAAGUUAACCUUUGAAGCAUCUGGUCCCAGUCACAUGUCUCUCUAUGUUCGGCCACACGAGGGCUCAACUCUCUCAACCUGGUCUUUGGGGAACGGUGUGCCAGUUCCUAGCUUAGGAGGAGACUACUUUGUGUUUUACUCCCAUGGGCUGCAGGCGACACCAUGGCACUUUUGGGUGGAGCUGACGGCCCCAGAAAAACAUUCUGAUGGAAUAGUCUCCCUUGCCAUAGCAGCACAUUACUUUUUUGGGGAAGAUCAAAAGUCCCCUCAACUCCAUGCCUUACUGGAGAGGUUUCCAAACUGGACAUUUCCUUCUGGUUGGUCCUGCACUUACGACCUGUUUGUCUUUUAAUGUUGACAGUAACACAGCGCUAAUAGGGUAAUCUCUCUGAUGCAGAAUUCUGUUGCAGCAAACACUUUCUAAGAAGAUGGCAGAGACUUUCACAAGAAUUUCAAGUGCUUUGGCGGCAAAUGGUGUUUCUUUGGCAAUUUGACUAUUUAAAGACUACUGCUGUCUUGGGGAUAUAGUGACACUUUGUGUCAAUGUGAAUACAGCUCACCUUGGUUCUUCCACUGAAAUGGCAGUUUGUCUAGUUGUUUUCUUACAAUGAAAACUGCAAUUGAGGAGGUAAUGUUAGCACAAUAUGAGGGUGGCAAUUGUAAUGAAAGAGCCUCAUGGAAUUAUUUUGAUAUUAUGUAAAAUAUGCCAUACUUCACGCACAUGUGGGGACUGUUACCUGCCAGUCCUAUCCGUCCCAUUAAAUCAAGAUCUUCAGCUAAAAGAUGUUUGUCCACAUAGGGUGGCAGCAGAGGUGGCAAAGUCCUAAACAUUACUUUUGUCACUGGAUGAAGUCACUGAAAGCUAUGAUGCUCGUGCAGAUUGCAUUUCCAGUCCCUGGCAAAUACACAAUGCAGGAGAAUCGGUGUUAUGAUGAAAUGUAGUAGUUAUUUAUCUAGAUUAUCUUUUCAAGUAAGAUAAUUUUUAACCUUUCUGUUAAAAAACAUAGUCCCUAUCCUUUUGCCUGUCUCUUCAGUGUUAGAACUUGAGUAAGUUUGACUUAACUAUCAUCUUAAAGUUUUGUUCCUGUUGGGACUUUCAGUAUCAGCAUAAAAGCAUGGGACUUGCUCUCUUUAUGUAAGAGUGCUAAGUCCCUGUGCCUCUACGUGGAUGUCUUAUAGUUAAUUUACUCUAAAUUUCAAGUUACCUUCUAACUUAUUACAAUUGGCUAAUUUUUGGAAUCAUCUCCUCUGAAGAGACUUUUAUUUGGUAAAGUAACAGACAGUACUGCACUUUGCUAAUACAUGUAACUGUUUCUUAAAAUAAGGCUUGCUUUCCAUAAGGAAAAAUACCUAGAAGAGUCAUCUUUAAAAAGAUGUUUAGUAUCUUUGGUUUGCUCUUGCAUUAUUUCCACAGGUGGGUUUUAUAAAUGACUGAUAUAGAGUCUCUGCUUUGUUUUUGUUUUUUUUUUUUAUUAUUUUUACUCCCAGGUCUUAGUUAAUGUUAGUUCCUGGAAUUCAAAGAACUCUGUGUACCUGAAGAAACCUCUUCAUGCUUUUUUCCAAACUACAUGAGACAUCAAUACUGCGCUAAAAAUUACUCAGAUCAGUAUUUUGUUAAUCUCAUGAGUAUUUCCAAAUCGCAUGCAAAACAGAUUUUGUGCAUGCAUCAUCAUUUUGAGUAAAAGCAUGAUAAUUUUGGGAAGCUUGCAGGGCAUGUGAAAGAAAAUUGUGACACUAGUUUGUGUGAGGUUUGGUGGACAGCAGUUCCCUGAUCAGGUGUUUUCUUUCAAACUGUUCUGUAGUUGUGUAUGAUGGUGACAAGAACCAGUUUCUUUGUUGCAAGGUACAUUCACAAAGACUGUCAACUGCCUCAUGGACUAGGGUAAGAGGUUUGAUUACUGUAGUCAUAAUGAACUGGUCUCUGUAUCUGAAAACCAGUGGGUCUUCCCACAUUAACAUGAGUGUUAAUCGUCACUCGAUUGUAUCCAGUUUGUAACUACAAUCCCUGUAUUACACUUUGUUGCUGAAAACCAAGAGUUUUAGUUCAUUACUCUUGGGUCUUGAAUCUCAACAAAUGUUUUGUACUGUACUCUAGCUGAUGCACAGCUAGUUAACUAAAGUUGCACUGGUAAUUACUGCCUUCCUCAGUUGUGAGUUUGGUGUUUUGAAACUGAUUUAAUGGGAAAUGUGCUGUGUGAAGGAAUCAUACUGCAAGCCAAAAAUAUAAAAUGCCACGACAGCCUGUUAGCAAUUUCUGAAACUUCAGUGAAGCAAUAACUUUUGUUAACUCAGGAUUUAACCCUUAUUAAAUAAUUUAAUGAUGAGUUUAUUCAACAUUUCUGUCUCUGUAAAUAAAAAUGAAACUUAUUGAAUGAUA